CUGUUCAAGUAUAUCCUGUUUUCAGUGCAAAACGAGUGUGCCCUGAAGACCGACGACUGCGCUCGGGACGGAGGAAUCUGCGAAGACACGCCGGACUCAUACAUGUGUCGUUGCGCCAUCAACUACCUCGACGUUUCUUUCGAUAGAGUGAACAGGCCGGGCAGAAAGUGCAAACGAUUGGUAGACGAAUGCGCAACUGGACAGAAUGAUUGCUCGCGAGAGGCGAUCUGUACUGACACAGAGGACAGCUACAUGUGCUCUUGCCCACCCACUCAUCUCGACCUCUCCGCGGAUCCGAUCAACCGUCCCGGGAGGAAGUGUUUGCUUCGAAUCAACGAGUGUACUUCGGGACGUCAUGACUGCUCCCCCAACGCCGACUGUAUGGACACUCCAGAAUCCUACAAAUGUCGAUGUCGAGACGACUUUGUCGAUGAAUCGCCUGACAUCAUGCACCGUCCUGGACGGAUCUGUCGACCGGCUCUUGUCGAUGAAUGCCGUCUGGGCAAGCAUGAUUGUCAUGCUGACGCCUUUUGCCAGGACUUGCCGCAGGGUUAUACGUGCAGAUGCAAACCCGAGUUCCUGGACCAGUCACCAAAUCGGGCCACUCAUCCGGGCCGAAUGUGCGUGCCACGUCCUACUCCACCUCCUCCAGAAUGUCGCAUUGAUGGUCCAAAUCAGUGCAAGGCGCAUUUGAACGAGGUGUGCCGACUAGUAAUGGGCGAGCCGAAAUGCGCCUGCCCUAUCAAUUAUCAGAGAGAUUCAGCUGGCUCUUGUUCAGUGAUUAACGAGUGCGACUUCCCACAACUAGUUGAUUGCCAUCCUUCCGCUGACUGCAUCGACCAGCUGGUUGGAUACACCUGCGCUUGCCGGCCAGGCUUCAAGGAUAUUGGGGAGAAGCCCGGUCGUAUAUGCAAACCCUUGGUGAAUGAGUGUCAAUUCCCUCAUCUGAACGACUGCCACCAGCAUGCCCAAUGCAUCGACCAAGAGGAGGGAUAUGAAUGCAGAUGUAAUCACGGAUUCAUGGAUCGCUCACAUGGGCGACCUGGAAGAAUUUGCAAGCAACUCAUUGACGAGUGUGCCGUACCGGGAAUGAACAGCUGUGACAGAAACGCCAGGUGA